GUAAACUGAAUAUUGUUGUUGUCAGCAACCACCGGCUGAUACAGCUGUAGGCUAACGUCAGAGCUAACAUCUCACACUGUGUGCCUCGUAGACUUCAGUGACAUUUGGGUUGUAUAAGUGUCUUUUUUAGCUGCUGUUUUUCCUCUCCUAACCUUCUCGUUGUGUCGGGAAAGAUGACUUCUUCACCGUCGGAUCCAACUCUAGAAAGACAUUUCAAGGGCCACAGGGAUAAUGUGACAAGUGUGGACUUCAGCUGCAACAUGAAGCAGAUCGCCACAGGCUCUAUGGACUCCUGUGUGAUGAUCUGGAACAUGAAACCUCAGAUGCGAGCCUAUCGUUUUGAUGGACACAAAGACGCUGUCACUUCUGUUCAGUUCUCUCCCUCUGGCCACCUGGUGGCCUCUGCCUCCAGAGACAAGACUGUUCGUCUUUGGGUGCCCAGCAUGAAGGCUGAGUCAACAGCUUUCAAGGCUCACACUGCCACCGUGCGCAGCGUUAACUUUUCUGGUGAUGGACAGAAUCUGGUCACAGCCUCUGACGACAAGACCAUCAAAGUGUGGACCGUCCACAGGCAAAAGUUUCUCUUCUCUCUCAACCAGCACAUCAACUGGGUCCGCUGUGCAAAAUUUUCCCCGGAUGAUCGUUUGAUUGUGUCGUCCAGUGAUGAUAAGACUAUAAAGCUGUGGGACAAGAAUAGCAGAGAGUGCAUUCAUUCUUUCUACGAACACGCCGGUUAUGCAAACCAUGUAGACUUCCAUCCCAGUGGAACAUGCAUCGCUGCAGCCAGUACUGACAACUCUGUGAAGGUGUGGGACAUCAGAUCACAUAAGAUGCUGCAGCACUACCAAGUCCACAGUGGUGUGGUCAACAGCUUGUCUUUCCACCCGGGUGGUAAUUUCCUCAUAACUGCGUCCAGCGAUUCCACAAUGAAGAUACUGGACCUUGUAGAGGGCAAGCUGCUGUAUACACUGCACGGACACCAGGGACCAGUGACCAGUGUUAGCUUCUCCAGGACAGGAGAGUACUUCGCCUCUGGAGGUUCUGAUGAACAGGUAAUGGUGUGGAGGAGUAACUUUGACUGUGCUGAAGGCAGUGAUGAUGUCAGGCCGCAACAUAAAACUACUUCCAGGCUGCAGACACUACCAGCCGGCUCCACGGCUCAGCCCUCCUUUAACUCGCAUCCGUCUGCGCUCCGCAGCGAGGCUUCUGAACCAUCAGAACAUUUUAAUGGACAGGACUCCCACACUGCUUCCCACACUCGGAGCGUCAGUCGCAGUGGCAGCCACGGCAGGCCGACUCAUUCCCAAACCUACGGACGCCUCAGCAGCAGUUCUUCCUCCACCCAACACCCACAGACCCGAAGUUUACCACAGCUUUCCCCCCAGGUUCAAGCACAGUCCCAGGCCUCAGAUGGAGGGGUCCCCCCCGGUUUAGCCAGCACCCUGGAACACAUCAUAGGCCAACUGGAUAUUCUCACUCAGACGGUUUCGAUCUUGGAGCAGCGACUGACGCUGACAGAGGACAAACUCAAGGAGUGUUUGGAGAACCAGAUGGAGAUCGGUCUGCAUCUGCAGAGACGGGAGGAGGCCUAAAGAUGGCGGCCCCAGAGAGAGGUUGAGCCGCGGUGUGAGGCAGACGGGGUCACACCAACACCAUUAAACAGAAACGCGUAUCCAGUGCUUGUUGGAUCACACUUAAAAUGUGCAAACUUGCACACGGUCUGGAACCAUUUUUGUGACCGGACUUUAAAUGCACACUGAGCCUUACUGCUGAUGUACGGUGCCUGCCUGUUUUACAAAGAGAUAUCAGAAGUGAAGGAGUUGAAUAUUAGAGAAGUUGUUCUUGUUCAAUAGUGCUGAGAGCGCAGUCCCUUUUCUGCUGACGAAGGACCUGCUGCUACGAGUCACUGUGUGUGUGUGUGUGUGUGUGUGUGUGUGUGUGUGUGUGUGUGUGUG